CCAAAAGCGAAAGUAGAAAGUGAAAGUAGACUGAACCGCAUGUGUUUGAUUACCUUCAUUUUAUUGACGUUUUAUAAAGAUAUUUUGAACAGGUUUUACCUUUUAAUUUAACCAUGAAGAAGAAACAAAAAGCAAAGAACAAAGAAAAGACAAAGAAGCACCAAGAGGAUCCUGAGCCUUUGAAAAAAGCAGGCAAAACUAAAACUAAAACUAAAACUAAAACUGCUGUAGUCAAAAAUGUUACAGGUGUUCAUUCAAAGCAAAUGGGAGAGAAAAAGUCAGACAGAGAAGAUGAAACUUUAAAAGAGGAAAUUUUAGACCCAGUGCAAGGAAAAUUCUCAGAUAAGACAGAAAUUACUGAAAAUUAUGACAAUGCAAGUACAUCUGGUCAGGUAACUGAACACAGUUAUAAAAGGAAGCAGAGUCAGGACGGUGACAUGAUUUCUACAAAUUUUUGGGCACAAAGUAAAAAGAAAUACCAGAAAAUAAGCGAAAGGCAAAAGAAAACUACUCCCCCAUCCCCUGAAAAAAUAACUGGUAGGGAAAAAAGAAAAGGUGGUGGCCACCAGACAGAAAGGAAGAGAAAAUGCUCCACAAAUUCAAAUUAUUUGACAGAUGAGGAUCAAACUAUUGAAGAAGUUGGUGAUGCUUCAAGUCCAGAAAAGACGUCCACAGCAGAAGACUCGGAAGGUACAAAAAAUACUAAAUCCAAGAGACACAGGAAUAAAAGAAGGAAGUCGGACAGUAUAAGUGUGGGCAGAGAUGAAGCUGAGGAACAGACCACAGUAGAGGAUACACUGAAAGGGGUUAAAAUCAUAGACUUGCAAGAUGGACUGUUAUUUGCAAUGGAAAAAGAUGUUGAGGUUUGUUUCCAAGGAAAUUGUCGUCUGCAACCAUUGUAUGGGUGUGUUUCUGUGUUUGGAAGCCAUCUUAAAGCAUCAAAACAUUAUAACUUUUACUCGCCAGAUUCAAAUAGCUUUUUAACAAUUAAGAAUGAAGCAAUAGAGCAGGACCAAGAACUGGCCAAAAAGAUUUUAGCGGAAAUGAAAAUUGGUUUGAAACAGAGAGAAACCAUUUCUGAAACUAUGUCAGCCAUUAUCAAAAUAGACAAGUUGAACUCAAGGUCAAUGGAGAUCAUUCCUCAGUAUCCACCAUUUCAAGAAAUUUUCAACAGAAAAGAAGAUGUGAAUACUUUACCUAGAUGGAAACAAUCUUUGUUAAGAGUAGGCUUAACUGUGCUUGAUGAUAGACCAAAACUGACAUUCCCUAGUCAAUACUUGAUGUUAAAGGAUAAAGCAUGCAGACUUAUAAGAAAUAAAAGUGGAGCAUCACCAGUCAUUACAAUAAUUGGAGGAAAGAAUUCUGGGAAAUCAACACUCAAUAGAUAUUUAAUAAACUCACUACUUGAUAAAGUUGAUAAAGUUUAUUUUCUUGAAUGUGAUGUUGGACAGACAGAGUUUACACCACCUGGCUGUGUUUCCCUACAUUGUGUUUCUGAGCCAGUACUAGGACCUCCAUUUACCCAUCAGAGACCAGCAGUAUUUUCCUGUUUUUUUGGAGGAGUAACACCAGCUGAUGAUCCAACUAGAUACCUGACCUGUAUAGAGAAAUGCUUCUCUAAAUAUGUAGAUUUGAAAGAGAAAGGACCACUGAUAGUAAAUACCUGUGGCUGGAAUAAAGGUGUUGGAUUAGCCCUAACAGUAGAUAUUGUCAGAUUAGUUUGUCCCUCAUUACUGGUACAGAUCAACACUCAAAAAGCAGUUGUCAAUUUUCCUAGGAUGUUACCAAACUUUGUGCAAAGAGAGCCAGGCUGGAGAGGGAAAAUAUGGGAUGAAAAGUUAAAAUAUAUGGAUGAUUUACCCAAGUAUGAAUUGUUGACUAUAGAUUCAGCUGUAAACCCUAUUGAGAGUCAGAUAAGCCGAUAUAAACCAUUUGAUCACAGAGAUUUGAACUUGUAUAGUUACUUGUGUAAUAACCUUGAACCUGGUUUGUCCUUGACCUCGACAACUCCAUACACAGUACCAUGGAAGUCUGUUGCUAUACAUGUAGCCCAUACAGAAGUAGAUAAUUCAGAAAUACUGUAUGCUAUUAAUGGCUGUCUGGUGGCACUGUGUAAUGCUGAUCUUACUGAAGGUGAGAGGGAAAAUGAAGACACACCAUUUUUCUUUAAAAAUACACCUGUUUGUCAGUGUCUUGGAUUUGGCAUUGUUAGAGGGAUUGACUCUGUUAAGAAAGAGCUAUAUAUCAUCACACCUCUAAACCAACAAGAUUUGCAGAAGGUGAAUGGAGUAAUUAGAGGAAAUGUGAACUUACCUAGUCAAGUCUUGUUCAAGCAGAAGUGUGAUGGGCCAAUUCCCUAUGUGACAAAUCCUAUACUGACGACUGGUUCACAGAUACUGAGACAAAGAAACCUUAAACCGAGGAAACAGACUCCUGAAAAUCAGGAAAAAUAAAUUCAUAUACAGCACUGUUGGAUUAAUUAUUCAUUUACAAUGUCAAGUUAAAGAUCAAUGAAGCUGUCCAUUUAAAAAUGUGUGUAAACAGUAGGGGUGAACAUAUAGAAUGUAGUAGUCACUCUUG